CGCAGCUCAGCCUCACAGUCAGAGCCCGUCACCCUCUUCCCCUCAUCCCCGCCCCCGCUUGCCACCAACGCCGGAUCAUACCAACCUCCACUUGUACCCACUUUGCCAUCGGUCAGAUUAGGCCAUGCCUAUGAAGCAAAUUCAGAGCCACUUUCGGGGCCUUAUGUCGAAAUCGAAUUGUCGAGCACCGUGGAGAGUCCUACAGGGGCUCUGGAGGUCCUUCCAGAAAUCGAGCGAACCUCCUACGCCUCAACCGGACAUGAAACAGGUCAACAAUCGUGUAUCGCCCGACUCGCAGGCCAUCAACUAUAACGGUAUCUCUGCCCUCGUUGAAGGCGGUUACAUGCACGUUACCCCACAAAGGCUCGUUGUUGUCAAUCCUGACCCGGAGUCCGAACCUGCGGACAGUAUCCGCUCGCUACGACCGUUCCUCUCAUCUACAAUGCGAUCGAGCUCUUAUACCCACUCUCUGACCUCCACGCGAAGCACUCGUCCAGAGAGUCGCCUGUCGAGCGUCGAUACCAGAGCCACGAGUAUCUUGUCCGAGUCCCAAGAGAGCUCUUUGUCGUUUGACUUGGACCACGAGGAGGUCGAUUUAUUCUACCAUAUCAUUUUCAACGGACUGAGGGUCCAGAUCAGCCGCAACCGAGUGCCCCAGGCGCUAGGCUUUCUACCCGACAGGUCUGAUUAGUUUAGGGCGGUGGUGGGCGUUUUGGAUCCAAGCUAGGCCCCGGCGUGGUUUUGGUCGGUGGAAUGCAUUAGCUUGGAUUUGGUUCUUGUCACGUCGUCAGAUACCCUUGCAUACUGGAGUUUAAGGUCCACUUUGAAUUGGAUGCAAUUACCAGAUUAGUAUUAAGUAAAGAACUCAGUCCGUUACACGUAGGGCCUCGGCCAGUUCCGGAGCAUCAAACAAGCCCAAGUCAUCUAUGAGGAUCUAUCAUCUCCGCGGCCGCGUUAUCCUCGCUGUCCUGAUGCCCCUCACCAUUUCCUCGAUCUGGAAGAUUCCUCUAAAGAGCACCUUCAGCUCUUCCGUCUCGACCGUCUUAACUUUUUGACUAGCGGCAAUCUAACCAGAUCUUUCAUAGUGCCAAUAUGGCUUGUCAGCUUGAUUUCUGGGGGGCCCCAGCUCC